CCCUCCCUGCAGGUUCCUGUCCUUGAGCCCAGGCCCUGAGGUGAGGCUGAGAAUAAGUGCAAGGCAGAGGUGCUGCUGAGGAAGGAGAGCCCCGUGGUGGGGAAGGCACAAAGCUGUGAGUGCCCAUCCCCGAGCAGGUGCUGUGUCCAUCCCCUGUGUGCCAGGAUUUGUCCUUCCCAAAGCUUGGGCAGAUGAAGGAGGCUGCGAGGAAGAGGAAGAUGCCUUGGGCCCCCCAGGCAGGCCCCGAGCUGAGGACGGAGAGCCCGGAGGACAAAUCCCCCCGGCAGAGCCUGGUGGGAGAGGCCGUUUUGAAGGGCUCCCCGGCGCAGGAAGGCAGCGGGGAGGAAAAGGGCCGGAGAUCCCCCCGCAGGAGGGGCUCCAAAGCCAGCCCAAGGUGCUCUGAGGAGGAAAGAGCCAGCCUGUGCCGGGAAGGCGGCCGGAGCUUGAGGCAGAGCUCUGACCUGAUGGUCCCUGAGCAGCCUCCCAGCAGGGAGAAGCCCUUCAGGUGCUUGGAAUGUGGGGAGAGCUUCAGGAAGAGCACCCAACUAAUCCGACACCAGCACAUCCACACUGGGGAACGGCCCUACACCUGCGGGGAAUGUGGGAAGAGCUUCAGGAACAACUCCAACCUGAUCCAACACCAGCGCAUUCACACUGGGGAACGUCACUACAAGUGCUUGGAAUGUGGGAAGAGGUUUAAGACCAGCUCCAAUCUCCUCAUGCAUGAGCGAACGCACACGGAUGAGAGGCCCUUCCGCUGCACCGACUGCGGGAAGGGCUUUAACCGGAACUCCACCCUCAUCAUCCACCAGCGGACGCACACGGAUGAGAGGCCCUUCCGCUGCACCGACUGCGGGAAGGGCUUUAACCGGAACUCCACCCUCAUCAUCCACCAGCGGACGCACACGGAUGAGAGGCCCUUCCGCUGCACCGACUGCGGGAAGGGCUUUAACCAGAACUGCACCCUCGUCAGGCACCGGCGCAUCCACAGCGGGGAGAGGCCCUACAAGUGUGGGGAGUGUGGGAAGAGCUUCACCCAGAGCGGUAACUUGACCUCACACCAACGGACCCACCAGUAAGGGGAACCCUGCGAGUGCCCCGACUGCGGGAAGAGCUUCGGCCGCUGCUUCCACCCCGAAUGAACCCCCUGAUGGGGAGGCAACCCCUGGAGUCCAGUGACUGUCAGUCCAUCCCUUUCGACCACAAAGGGCCAGUCCCCUUUCCCAGGGGCAGCUUCUUCCAACAGAACCCUUCCUGGGGGUUGUGUGUGGAGAUUCCUGCCUUGGCUGGGGACGCCCCAAGGUCACUGCUGGAGGUUGAGAGCAGAGAUCUCCUCAUGAGCGUUGGUCUGGGGGAGUUCCAUCCAUUUCUAAUUAAGAAUUAUUGCUUUUGUGCCAGCUUCAGUA